ACGAGGCGGCUCCUUUCCACAGCUCGGCCAGAGGGAAGAGAGAACUGGGGCUCGCCGCGAGCCUUCGAGAGCAGUGUUCGUGGAGAAAGAGGCAGCGGUGGCAGCACAGGCUUGGGCCAGCCGCGCGCGCAUCCCUGGGCGACCUGCACGGAGAAGAGCUGGGUGGGCUGCGGGAGCAGGGACAGGACUGGACAAAGCAAGAUGGCAGGGAUCUUAGCCUGGUUCUGGAACGAGAGAUUUUGGCUGCCGCACAAUGUCACCUGGGCGGACUUGAAAAACACCGAGGAAGCCACCUUCCCGCAGGCUGAGGACCUCUAUCUCGCCUUCCCCUUGGCCUUUUGCAUCUUCAUGGUGCGGCUUCUCUUCGAGAGGUUUGUAGCUAAACCAUGUGCGAUAGCCCUCAACAUUCAAGUCAACGGACCACAGAUUGCCCAGCCAAAUGCCAUUCUGGAGAAGGUCUUCACUGCGAUUACGAAGCAUCCUGAUGAGAAGAGACUGGAGGGUCUGUCUAAACAGCUGGACUGGGAUGUUCGCAGCAUUCAACGCUGGUUUAGACAAAGACGCAACCAGGAGAAGCCAAGCACACUGAAGAGGUUCUGUGAGAGCAUGUGGAGAUUUUCAUUUUACCUUUAUGUAUUUACCUAUGGAGUCCGGUUCCUGAAAAAGACGCCCUGGCUGUGGAAUACAAAACACUGCUGGUACAACUACCCCUAUCAGCCACUCACAGCUGACCUUCACUACUAUUAUAUCCUGGAGCUGUCCUUUUAUUGGUCUUUAAUGUUUUCCCAGUUCACUGAUAUCAAAAGAAAGGACUUUGGCAUUAUGUUCCUGCAUCACCUGGUGUCUAUUUUCCUAAUUACCUUUUCAUAUGUCAACAAUAUGGCUCGAGUAGGGACCCUGGUUCUCUGUCUUCACGAUUCAGCUGAUGCUCUCCUGGAGGCUGCCAAAAUGGCAAAUUAUGCCAAGUUUCAGAAAAUUUGUGAUCUCCUAUUUGUUAUGUUUGCCAUGGUUUUUAUCACCACACGACUGGGUAUAUAUCCUCUCUGGGUGUUAAAUACCACGCUAUUUGAAAGUUGGGAGAUCGUUGGACCUUACCCUUCCUGGUGGGUUUUUAACAUUCUGCUGUUGCUAAUACUAGGCCUGAACUGCUUCUGGUCUUACUUGAUCAUAAAAAUAGCUUGCAAAGCUAUUUCAAAAGGCAAGGCUGGGAAGUGGAACCCUUUACAUGUGUCCAAGGACGAUCGCAGCGACAUUGAGUCUAGCUCAGAUGAGGAGGACUCGGAACCUCCAGGGAAGAACCCGCACACUGCAACUACCACCAAUGGAACCAGUGGUACCAACGGGUAUCUCCUGACUGGCCCUUGCUCCGUGGAUGAUUAAUUUCUCAAAACGACAAGUCCGGAACAAAGUGAACUAUUUGUUCCCAGAAGUAUUUAAUAAGUUGCAAAUGCAGUUCCUUUCAUAAUAUCUCAGCACCAGAAACAAAAAUUAGGAUCAUCAAAGCAUUUUGAAUAGUGCACUGCCAUUUGUCCCGUCUGUGAAUGAAGAAGAAUUAUCAUUCUCUAUAUGUAGGCAUGCUGUAUGUAAUUGACACAAGGGAACAGUAUUUGCAUUUGUAUUGUCUUAGAAUAUUAUUUAUUUUUUUUGUAUUUGUUUGUAAAUCUGUGGACAAAAGAGAGUUUCCUCACUCCUUCCACCCCCCGGGUUGGUGACAGUGAGGGGGAUGCUCCAUCUGCUUCUGCUCCUUUCUACCGCUGUAGGCCCGUCUGCUAGGAGCAUCAGCUUAAUUAGUCUCAGAGCAGCCAGGACCCAGCGCAAGAUUCUCAUACAGCUCCGGGUAGGUUUGCUUUCUCCAUGCGAGUGCCCAUGUAGAAACUGCCUAUAGUCUCCAUGACUAUUCUCCCAGUAUAUAGUUUCACCAGGAUGAGCUAGGUUUUCUUAAUUAUCACUUUUCAUGGUCGUUUAGCAGUUUGGAUUAAAGAGUAUAGUUGUUGGAGGGCUUUUUAAAAAUUGUUUUGUGUUAAGUUGUUUUGGGAGAGGCUUCAUUUCUUGUGCACGCAGCCCAGAUUUCUUCAAUGAGUGUGAUCGCUAGUUGGGGAUUCACCCUGCUGGUCACAGAGACUUUUUUUAUUCUCUAUUAUGAGGUCAGUGCUCUGGCUCUGAAGGAAGACAUUCACUUAAGGUCACAGUUACAAAGAAAUUACUCCUACUAUCUGGAACUUUUUCAUGAUCUGAGAAUAGCACAAAGAAAGCAGCUGAUUGCAACCAUGUUUUUCCACUACCCCUGAAAUUGGCGCAGUCUUGUGUGGUCUCAUGAGAAGAAAGAUGCUGAGUAUAUUUUGCAACCAAAAAAAAGAGUUCCAAGACUUGGCAAAGGUCACCUCUAGUGCAAAGCACUUUAUUGCACCAGCUUUCAAGGAAAGUGCCCUAUCUAGUAUUUGAUUUUGAUGUUCUUAUUUUUCUUAAUCAAAUUAAGCGAAUGGGAGAAAGACUCUUUUACCCUUUGUCUUUUCCCUCUACACAGGACUCAGAAAAACCUUCUCAUUACCCAAACAGCAUUAUAUUCUGGGUCCCUUGGUUUGCUUCUUUGAAGACCUAUUCUCUUCACAGGAUUUUUUUAUUCAAAAGAAGCUAUUGCCAGAAAAACAAAAAUUGGACUGGACACUGACAAUAUUGGCGAUGAGCAAGACUACUGAAAAAUAAGUCUCCAUUGUCUCCUAGGUGGCAGUGUUAUUUGUGUAGAGAUGAGAAAACCAUACCCGUAAACCAAAGAUUUUGUCUCCUUUCUUCCAAUGUUUAGUAAGCAGGAAUUAAAAGGUACCACAAAUACUUGCUUCAUAAACCAAAAAGACCAUCCUGUAAAACAAGGGUUCGAGCCCUGGCUAGUGUAGCUCGGUGGAUUGAGCACGGGCCUGCGAACCAGACAAUUGCCGUUCGAUUCCCAGUCAGGGCACAUACUGGGGUUGCAGGCUGGUUCCCUGUAGGCCAGGUCCCAGCAGGGGAUGCACAAAAAGGCAACCAUACAUUGAUGUUUCUCUCCCUCUCUCCUUCCCCCCAUUCCCUCUACAGAUAAAUAAAUAAAAUCUUUAAAAAAAAAACAAGGGUUCGAAACCACGGUGUGGUGACAGAAGUGUGCGAAUCAAGGUGGACAACAGCGACACCCUAGGGUGUGAGUGUGCUGCUCAGAGCCAUUCACCUUCCAUUCAGUUGUUUGAAAAAAUUAAAACUUUGUACUCACAAUUUACAACCUCUAAUUAAAGUGCUCCCAAACAAAAACCUCACACUGUGAUGUUAAUUUAAGUCUUUCCCCACUUAGUUACAAGUAGUACGUUUCUGGUAUGGUCCAUAGUAAUAAUUGAAGAGGCUUGAAAAUGUGUCUGCCUGUUUAUUGAAACAACUAAUUCUUCAUGUAAGUCCUUAUUAUUUUAUUUCGCAACACCAGGCUAUGUCUAGGAAUGUAAUUCGUGGAUGGUUUGAGUUCAUAAGGCCAAUCAUAAAACAUCAAAAGUACUUGUUAGUCAUCUCAAAUUGGCUAAGAUGCAGAUAAAUAAAAAGUAACAGCAAGCAUGUUGUAGCUGAAAAUUUUUGAGAGGGUGAGAAUUUACUAUUUCAUCAACUAAAACAUGGAAGAGAAUAGUGGAUUGUGCCCUGCUUGAGUGUGUAGAGCAAGUCCGCUCCAUGGGUGGAAUAAACCAGAGAAUCCUGGAGGGUGCAAGUUCAGAUUACCCGACACCCUUCAGCACGGAAGAAUAAUUUCAAAGGGUUAGCUUGUAAGUUAUUAAAGAAGAAUUACAUAGAAGUAAGUACCUUGAGUCCAUCCUUAGCAAACACAAACCUAAAUAAUCUUUUGUUUUCCCAGAAAUCACUUAGAAGAAGGAUGGGGAAUACUUAGAAUGAUGGCAUUAAUUUAACAGAGUCCCCCAUGGAUCUACAGGUUUUUAUUUCAUUUUACAUUUUAGAGCAAGCAUUUCUUUUUGACAAAGGAAAAUGGUGUUUGUAGGCCUCUAGAGGUGAAAAAUAAUCUCUCUCUGUCUACUGCUGUCCCGUGGUGGCCUGAGGAGAGAAAAACAUGUGAGGUACCUUCUGCCUGAGCCAUGCCGUAGUUCUGGCAGUGUAUUUUGUACAUUUGCCUGUGUUUAGUGAGUGUCGUUGCCAUUAAUUAACUUAGCCUGUGUUGCUAUCUCCUUCCUCCUGGUCACAUUCAGACUUUCCCAACGUACAACGGGGUAUGUAGGAAGGAAUCUAGAAAAAGUAUGUUUCAUUAUCUGAUGUUAUAGCUUUUCUAUAUCUCUUAGUGGGGAAAAAAAAAAGUAGAAAACUGAGUAGAAUUUGGCCUUGGGUCAAUAAAUGAUAGAAAUAAAUGUGUGAUCUAUGUAUGUAUAUAUCUGUUUCUCCAAAAAUGCGAUAAAACCAAAAUAUCACUGACUCAGUAUUAUUAUCCAUAUUCCUUUCACAAAAACUAUUUACUAUAUACAAUAGAAACUUCCUGCCUCUCUCUCAACUUCCUGUUCAUUCCACCCACACAGCUGAGAGUUGUGGAAUCUUUUCAGUCUCUUAGCCUCAGAAGUAAAUAUUGCAGAAUUAAGAUCAUAGAGGGCCCAAGGUCAGCAUGUAAGCCAAAUACAGUUCUCAUUUCUAAAUGUAGUCAUGUGGAUGCUGAGAAUGGGGAGUAACUCUCAUAUUUUGGAUAGUAAACCGUAUGUUGGAAAAAUGCAUAUGAUUGCUGCUUCACCUCAGGAUGUUAUCAACAUCUCACUCCUGCUAGACAAAGGUGUUCUGAGGUACCAUCGGAUAAUGAAAUGCACCUGAUGGAGAUACGAGGCAGAAAGGUGGAUUUUCCAAAGAAACCAAGCAGUUGGGUGAGAAAAAUAACUCUUUAAUAAGAUAACAUUAGAUCACCUUGAGCCAAAAUGGUGGGUGAACUUCAAAAUGUCCAGUGCUGUUGCCAGAUUUUCCAUUCUGAGUGUGUAUAUAUAUGGUAGAGUUUGAACUUGAGCAAAUUGAAUGCUUCCACCUUAGAGAGAAGGGGUCUGGAUCUUCCACUUCAUUUAUUUUAACCUCGUUGUUAUUUGGGCUGGAGUGAAAACCGAGAUUUUAGUUCCGCUCACCUGAGUCUUUGCAAAAGAGCUCUUCACAACGAACUUUAUGGACACCUAUGAUUGUUCCCAAUCUGUUCCUGGUUGUUUUUACUGAUAGUUAUUUUUAUCCCUUUCUUGCAAAUGUUAAUGCCAAAGUUGCCUGAAUAUUUGAAAUUUUUAAUUUGAAGUAUAGAAAGUAUACAGAAUAAUUCCAAAGGUGUUAAAAGAGUCUGUUAUCAGUAUGUGUGACAAUGUCAUUAUGUCCAGAGAGGUUCAAGAAACCCUUUGGAAAGAAAAGGUUCUGUGUUUACAUCUCAUGUGCUAUUUGAGAUCUUAAGAUUCUAAUUAGCUUACUUUUCUUUUCUUUGUCUUUGACUGAUUCCUGAUUUGUUGAUAAACAAUAAUAGCCCUGAAAUGUUUCUAAUCUUCAAAUAAGAAAAAAAUCAGAUCAGAGUCAGACUGAUGACGGAGUGCUAACAAGGCACUCCCAGUUUCCAAGUCACUGGUGUGGACAGAGAAAACACGGUUAGCUCUAGUUACUGCAUUCAGUAGCAUUCUGUCCAUGGAAGAAUACUCUCAGUAAUCAUAAUGAGUUCUUGAAGUCAUGCAAAAUGCAGCAACAUAGGGUUUUAAUAAAUAUAUUGUUGUCCCCAGAGUCAAUUUAAGUUUUUCUCAGGAAAUUGGAAUUGUGUCAUUCUCAAAUUACCAAAUAGAUUAGCACUGGUUCACUAUGGCCACAUUUUAGUUCUUCACAGAAAUAGUCCAGAAGAGUUCUGUAGUUUGUCCUUGUGUGCAGGGUCUCCUACUGCCCUGUAGGGGGCGCUCAGGGGAUGGUGAAGAGGCGUACCUAUUUGGCCACUCUAUGCUUUUGGAAUUCCUCUAACAUGUACUCAUGGUGCUGGCUUUCAUGGAGAAUAUUGUAUUAAAGAACAUAAAAUACCAUGAGUAACUGUUAAUAAGAUCUGCAGACACCCAAAAGAGAACCUUGAACUUUUCCGGGUAUUUCCAACUUGACUUCGACCUGAAGCCUUUGAAAGGAACGCAUUCCCAAAUGGUCACAAGCUCAGAUCUCAUCAGACCAAAGGAAUAAAAAAAAUAUCUCUGCAGCCAGAUGGCAUAUCAUAUGGUGUCUCCAACAAGAUUGGCAUUCUCAAGACUUCCCAGGAAGAGAUGGGAGGGGACAUUCAGCCUCAAAAUCUGGGUCCUUUAUCUCAUUCACUCACAUUCCUUUCAGCCUCCUGGAACUCUUAAGAAAAAAAAAGCCAAAAUAUUAUCACUCUUUUCUGCUAUCAGUUUCCCAGUAGCCUUUGGAUCAGUUCUAUGCACACCUCCUCCUGAUGCCAUUUUACUCAAUAAAGUGUUGUUAAGCCUGUUUUCGUAACGAGGGGCCGUGGAAGUUUGGCUUCGUAUUUUGGUGUAUUUCGCAUGGCCUGGAAACCAGGAACAACAGCAGUUGUAUGAUUGGUACGUCAAGUCAGAAAAAAUGGACUUUAUAGAUAAUUUGUUUUCUUUGGGAUCUACAGUACUUUUUAAAAACUGUCAUUAUAAACCUACUCUUUAAAAAAUAGGGGUUUUAAAGAGCAGUUGCCGAAGAGAAAUUAGCUCUGUAAUAGGAACAGUUAUGUGGUGAUUUGGGGACUUUCCCUUAGAGCUGCAUCAAUUUAGACGUGAAAAAAAAUGCCCUCCAAGUUUGAUUUCCAGAAGUCUUACAGUGCUGCUAAGCCCAUGACUUCCACCAGCUCUUUGUUCACCCACAGAAUCAGUUACCUCCACAGCCAUUUGUUGUCACUCAAGGGGGAGGGUGGUUCGUUUUUGGACUUGACUUUUUCCAUCCUGCAGUGAGGAACAGGACAGGUGGCAAACCUUACUUUUUUCUUAAGACAAUUCAGUGCUCGAGCAUCUUUGUUGGAAAUGGAAUGAUGUGCUGUUAGCCAGUUAGAAUUAUUUUAUGUACUGUUAUGUUUUGCUGAUUUUUAUAUGAAGAUAUAAUUAUUCAUUCUUGAUCUCUGGACACAAUCGUUAUUAUGAGGAUCAUUUUACUUUGGAAACACUUUCAUAAUAAAGAUAAGUAUUAA